AUGGCCGCUGCCCGGGGCCGCCGGGGGUGGAUACGCCUGGUUAUCUUUGUGGCUCUUUAUCUGAUGCUUUUGCAGUCGUUGUCCGAAUGCGUGCUGGUCACAUAUUUGUAUGGAACGGGACGUGUCGAUGGAACCAUGACCCCAAGUUUAAUUCUGGGUCUCGUGGCAUCCUUUCUUUCGGUCCCCUUCGUAGUUUUUCACUCCAUCCUUUCCUGGCAGUACAAAAAGAUGCGUGGAUUCAAUAUUCCAAGAACCCCGCUGCAUACAGCGUGCUCCUACUUGCCUCGCAUCAUGAUCGUCGUGUGGUUGGCGUCAUCUGUGGCAGGCUUGGUGGUAGUCUCGAAGCAAGCGACGUGUCACUCGCGCCUAGGAACACACCAUCUGUGGCAGGCUGGAAUUAGCUGUUCCCUCCAUCGAGUUGCGAUUGUGAUUGCCGUACUGGCAUUUAUCACUGCCUGUGCUCUUUUCUUUUCUUUCCAAGUGUGUGAACGGCCUUAUGAUGCUUCGUUAUUGGGCCUAUAUGCGCCGCAACGACCACCACGGGACGGAAGUAUCUUAUCGGAGUCUACUUGGGAAAGCGAGACGCUCAAGCACGAGAUCUUCUAUCUUUGCCGCCACCCCGACGCAGGCCCAGGCAACGGCGAAUUGUACUGGUCACCAAACCACAGUUCCAUCUUCGAGCAACCUGUUCGUCCUCCAAGCAUUCGGUAUCCGGGUGCUGCCCGGUUACGCCCACAACUGUCUGUCAACACGAACCCGGCCUCAAUUCGACCAGAGAUUGCAUCAUCACCGGUCGACAGCUCACCCAAGACGUCUCCAGUGGGAGACUCGUCCGAGGGAUCGAACAGUGUGGGAAACGGCGUCUCGCCUCUCUCCCGAAACCCCUCGAUGUCCUCGAGCUGGCAGCUGGGCACUGAGUCCGCGUUGACCAAAGCUUCCCCUCCAGAAUUACCAGACGUACCAGAAGUUCCGGCAAAGCCCAAGCAUGAGCGACAAAAAUCAUCCGUUUCUUCUCGCAAAUUCCUCCCCAAGACGUUGACAAACUUUGUUGCUCUCUCUGAAGAUCCGGAAAUCCGCGCCCUGUCGUCUCCCCCAUUGUCUGCCGAUACCGACUCCGAGACGCAGGGUAGUGACGAUUCCUCUGCAACGGCCGCAGUCUCGGAGCCGAACACUGACUCGUCACCGACUUCUGCCGCGAACAUGGACUCAAAUCAAGGGAACAAUCUGCCCUCAAGCAAUUCAAGUCCUCGAGAUCCAGCCCCUGUCCUCCCCCCUCAACCUCUGGUUGUGCGCAAAUCUCGUACUUCUUAUAUUGAACCGCCUCCCCGAUCUAUCCAUCAUCCUCACCACCCCAACUACAUCCCGCCCCCUCCAAGGCCCAUGGGACACGGACAUGGUCACGGCCGCCCGAUGACGCCUGAUAAUGGCAUCAUCAAACGUCGAAACACUAAUCAUCCGAUCGGCUACCACCCCCACCACAGCGUUCGUCCUCCUCGGCCCCGGUAUCCUCGAGUUGAACCAUCUCACCUGCCGCGGCACACCCAAAGUCACCACUACAACCAUCGUCCUCGACGCCCGCUGCCGGACUAUCCUCGAAGAUUCCAUUCCCACCACCAAUAUCCUCGCUUUGAUCCAUCCAGGACCCUGCCUCCAAUCCCCCGCUGCGACGACUUCGCGAUUGUCUACCCAAGUACACGGCGACCGCGAAGCAGCACGUACGGUGGCAUUAGCACUCUGGCCGAGACCGGGCUCGGCGCCAGCAAGAAGGCCGCACGAACGUCACUGAACCUGGCAUCGGGCAUAUCGAUCGAAGAAGACCACGAUUUAGAAACGAACACCUACCGGGGUGCGGAGCGGACAAGUAUGCAUGGACUGUGA